AAGCAACCCUUAUUCUGAAAAAAAAGAUCCAGGAAGUAGCGUAACAAACGAGAUGUGUGUGAAGUAUACGAUAUAUGGUGUGAACUGUGUCGUCUCAUGACGUUGACGGAAUACUCAAAUGCAAAUUACUUUAAUAUAAGUGUUUAACAUAAAGGACAUGUACGAUACCGUCGCCUUUCAUGCUCAGCUAGCCUCCAUCAUUGAGGUUUUGGCAAAUGCAGCCGUUGCCGAAAUCUGCAAACUUGUAGGUGACGGCCAUGCUGCCUUACGUUUGGAAAUUUCCCAUAGCCAGAAAGAAAUCGAUAACCUGCGGAGGAAGCUGCUGCUGACAAAAUUCCAGAAUUCUCGACGAAGCGCAGAGAGAUUUGGACCCCUGCGACGCACAGUUCACAGGCGCGUUGACAGCGGUCAUAUUGUUCGGGGAAGAGGGAGCUUCGUAGGAAAGUCAACAGUGGAAAAUCGUCUUGACGACAGUGAUGGAGGCAACUUUAUGCAGGAUGUCACCAACUGGCGAGACUCAGGACUCACAGGGACAGACCAGGAUGGGGGCAUGCAGACGGCAGAAAUGCAAGAGGCUCCUCUUAUCAAAAUGGAGAACUUUCACAACAGCAGAACAGAAGAGAUUGUCCAACCAGUCAGUGAGAGCAGUGAGAAGAUCAUUGUGGCAGAACCAGGUUCUUCAUCAUCUACUGAACCCACAGGCCUUCUGGACCAGCAGGGCAACAGACACAGAGCUCCAGACACCUCACUCAAUAUAGAACCUGAAAACCAGACGUUCCAGCAUCCAGCGUCACAAUACAGCAGAACAAGACAGGACCAUCAGGUUGCUGAGGGUGUGACCUGGGAAACUGACCAUCAGCCCAUAGAAUACAGCCUGUCCCAAUGGACAGAGAACCAAGAGACUGACAACCCAACUGUGAAUGCUCCUCACAAUGCAGGGCCAGACUCCAAGAGGCUGUCUGGACAUCCAGAGAGGAGAGGGGUGUCAGGUAACUCAGGGGUCAGCAUGUCUGCUUCAGGCUCUCUGGACUGGCUGCCUGAUGUGGUGCUGGUGGACUCAGUUCCCAUUAAAGUGGAGGCAGAUAUGAGUUCAGAAUGGAGCAUAACUGGCCAAGAGUUGACAUCUGGAGAGGUCUGUUCAGACAGCAGGCAGCUUUUGGACAACAGAGGAAGAGGGGGAAUGGAGUCUGGACAGACAAAGUCUCUCUGUGACACUCAAAACACAGAGCAAGCAACAACUGUAGGAUCAAGGUCCAAGAUGCCGGAUUUCAAUGGACUGUCCACCAAAAACAGCUUUUCAUCCCCAAGGGUUACCCUCCACCAGGUUCCCCAAAGAGGGAAGCCAGCACCCUUCCUGAAUUUCAGAGGCUCCACUUCUUCAUUGAAAGUCAUAGAAAAGCAGCCACAACAACUGAUGUCUCACUCCACCCAGAGGCAGCUCCGGUGCAGCCUCUGCGGAAAGCUUUUCCACAAGCCGGCGAACCUGCGGAGUCACAUGCGGGUCCAUACGGGGGAGAAACCGUACGGCUGCAGCCACUGCACCAAGCGCUUCUCCCACAGCCACCAGCUGAAGAUGCAUGAGAGAGUCCACACCGGAGAGAAACCAUUUCAAUGUGUCUACUGUGGGAAGUGCUUCACCCAGUCUGGCCACAUGAAGAAGCAUCUCCUUGUCCACACUGGUGGCAGGCCACAGGACAUUAGACAUAGUGCCAAGAACAUGGCCGAUACCGUCGUCUUUCAUGCUCAGCUAGCCUCCAUCAUUGAGGUUUUGGCGAAUGCAGCCGUUGCCGAAAUCUGCAAACUUGUAGAUGAUGGCCAUGCUGCCUUACGUUUGGAAAUUUCCCAUAGCCAGAAAGAAAUCGAUAACCUGCGGAGGAAGCUGGUUUUGACAAAAUACCAGAGUUCUCAACGGGGCACAGAGAAAUUCGGAGCCCUGCGACGCACAGUUCACUGUCGCGACACCAAUCGUGUUGCCCGAGCAAGAGGGAGCUUAGUAGUGGAGAAUUGUUUUGCCGACAGUGAAAGGGGCAAGUUAACGCAGGAUGUCACCAACUGGAGAGAUUCAGGACACACAGCAACAGACCAGGAUGGGAGCAUGCAGAUGGGAGAUAUGCGAGAGGCACCUCUUAUCAAAAUGGAGAACCUUGACACCAGUAGAACGGAAGAGAUUGUCCAACCAGUCAGUGAGAGCAGUGAGAAGAUCAUUGUGGCAGAACAAGGUUCUUCAUCAUCUACUGAACCCACAGACCUGGACCAGCAGGGCAACAGACACAGAGCUCCAGACACCUCACUCAAUAUAGAACCUGAAAACCAGACGUUCCAGCAUCCAGCGUCACAAUACAGCAGAACAAGACAGGACCAUCAGGUUGCUGAGGGUGUGACCUGGGAAACUGACCAUCAACCCAUAGAAUACAGCCUGUCCCAAUGGACAGAGAACCAAGAGACUGACAACCCAACUGUGAAUGCUCCUCACAAUGCAGGGCCAGACUCCAAAAGGCUGUCUGAACAUCCAGAGAGGAGAGGGGUGCCUGGUAACUCUGGGGUCUGCAUGUCUGCUUCAGGCUCUCUGGACUGGCUGCCUGAUGUGGUGAUGGUGGACUCAGUUCCCAUUAAAGUGGAGGCAGAUAUGAGUUCAGAAUGGAGCAUAACUGGCCAAGAGGUGACAUCUGGAGAGGUUUGUUCAGACAGCAGGCAGCUUGUGGACAACAGAGGAAGAGGGGGAAUGGAGUCUGGACAGACAACAUGUCCCCCUGACACUCAACAUGCAGAACAAGGGACAACUGUAGGAUCAAGGUCCAAGUUGCCAGAUUUCAACGCACUGUCCACCCAAAACAGCUUUUCAUCCCCAAGGGUUACUCUCCUCCAGGUUCCCCAAAGAGGGAAGCCAGCCCCCUUCCUGAAUUUCAACAUAAGCACCACUUCUUCAUCGAAAGGCAUAGAAAAGCAGCAACAACAGCUGACAUCUCACUCGCCCAAGAAGCAGCUCCGGUGCAGCCUCUGUGGAAAGCCCUUCCCUCAGCCGGCGCACCUGCGGAGGCACAUGCGGGUCCAUACAGGGGAGAAACCGUACGGCUGCAGCCACUGUACCAAGCGCUUCUCCCACAGCCACCAGCUGAAGAUGCAUGAGAGGGUGCACACCGGAGAGAAACCAUUUCACUGUGUCUACUGUGGGAAGUCCUUCACCCAGUCCGGCCACAUGAAGAAGCACCUCCUCGUCCACACUGGUGGCAGGCCACAGGACGUUAUGCUGCCCUGAGUGUUCCAGGGUGAAGUUCCGACUAGAUACAGAUCUAGGAUCAGCUUCCUCUCUCCCAAUCCUAACCUUUACCACUUAUGGAAAAAACAUGCUAAACUUACCCAACAUCAGCAUCUAGGGGGAACUUCACGCUUCUCCACCCGGCAUAAUGAUAGGGAAUAAGGGGAAUGGCUCCACACUAUUGGGGUUUUCAUAUGAACACUGGGUCCAUGUGUUUUUAACAGUUUUGAUGUUUUCCACAUUGAACACGACCCUCUGUGUGUAGUGGUAGUGUUUUCAGGUCAGCUGUCUUGAUGCUUGGUGGAUGCAGUGGAUUGAUAAUGUAUAAGUUAUUACAGGUGAAGAUUUUAAACAUCCUCAUGAAUUUGUAUUGGUGCAGUGGUAAACCAAAGAACAGCAUUUAAGAAUUCAGGAAGCUCUGGACAGGUGCCUGGGUGAGCAAAGCCUGUUGGUGGUUGAGAGCUCGUUGCUCGGCUCUUCUCUUACCUGAACGCAGGAAAGAGGAGGAAGGUUCAGGGAAGAGGAGGAAGGUUCAGGGAAGAGCGCAACGGUGACCUCUUUUCUGGACAUCGACAUGGCAGAAGAGCAAAGCGACAGUUUCACGGACACCAACACAGUCCUGGCACUGUAAAUGGACAUGGUGACCUAGCUGGUGCAAGUAGAGAGAGUGCUGACUGGAAUGGUAGGUUGUCAGUGGUUGUGUUUAUAGAACUAUCUUCAUACCCCUUUACCACCUUCAUCAUAUUCAGCCUCGGAAACCAUAUGCUGGUUUUUGAGUCCCAGAAUUGGAAUGAAUUGAAUUUCAACCCAAUCAAUUCAAUCAGAGUUCUCUCUGGUUUAUUCCUUUCCAUUCUGACUGUUUUGAGCAGGUUUGGCAGGUUAGGAUGUGCAUCAUCACUGUAGACCUGGAGUCUUCAACCUUUCCUUGCCCAGGGAUCCCCGCCCAGGCAAACCGGCCAACCAGGAAUCCCCACUCAGGCAAACCGGUCAACCAGGGAUCCUCAUCAUAUGUUAGCAAAACAUUUUUCACAUGUCUUAUCAUCAGGAGAAUGGCAGGGAGAAGUUAUCAACAUUUUUAAAUAAAUAUUAUUUUUUAAGAAUUUU